AUGUCUAAAUGUAAGUUUGGUGUGCAUGAAAUAGAGUACUUGGGCCACAUUAUUUCUGGAAAUGGGGUACAAACUAAUGUUGCAAAAACAAUAGCCAUGGUUCAAUGGCCUGUUCCUAAAACCUUGAAGUCAUUAAGAGGGUUUUUAGGAUUAAUAGAUUAUUAUAGAAAAUUCAUACGUGGUUAUGGAUCCAUAGGAGCACCUUUAACAGAAUUAUUGAUGAAAAAAUCCUUUUGUUGGUCUGAUAAAGCUGUUUCUGCCUUUGAGUUGUUGAAAGCAGUUGUGAGUAAUCCUCCUGUAUUUACGUUACCAGAUUUCACUAAAGUAUUCACCAUUGAGUGCGAUGCUUCUGGUGUGGGCCUUGGGGUAGUUUUGAUGCAAGAUUCUCAGCCUAUUGCUUUUUAUAGCAAAGCUUUUAAGGGAAAAGAACUACUUUUGUCUACAUAUGAGAAAUAG